UGUUUCAGAGCGCGAAUAUUCCCGCCAGCCGCCGCCCCGCCCCCUCCACACUCUCGCGAUACUCGGUCCCAGGCUGUCUGUGUGGAGAGUGGAGACGGAAGAGGAGCUCGCGGCCAUUGUGCUAGUACGUGUGGUGUGUUGCUUUAGCGCGUGCUGUUCCCCUCGAGUCGGCCAUGUCCCGGUAUCUCCGUCCCCCCAACACGUCGCUCUUUGUCCGGAACAUAGCGGACGAUAUCCGAUCUGAAGAUAUACGCAGAGAGUUUGGUCGAUAUGGUCCUAUUGUUGACGUUUAUGUCCCACUUGAUUUUUACAAUCGUCGUCCUAGAGGCUUUGCUUAUGUUCAGUUUGAAGAUGUCCGGGAUGCUGAAGAUGCUUUGUAUGGCUUGGAUAGAAGAUGGAUUUGUGGGCGUCAGAUCGAAAUUCAGUUUGCACAAGGAGACCGAAAAACACCAAAUCAAAUGAAAGCCAAGGAAGGAAGGAGUUCAUAUGGGUCUUCACGUUAUGAUGAUUAUGAACGAGGCAGCAGGCGUUCUAGAAGCCGCAGUUAUGAAAGAAGAAAGUCUAGGAGUCGUUCUAUUGAACAGGGUUAUGACAAAUCAUACAGUCCAAGAGGCCGAGCAGACAGACCACGUCGUAGCAGAAGCCGCUCACACCAUGGCAGAUUAAGUCGCCGGCAUAGAUCACAAUCUAAAUCAAACAGUAGAUCACGAUCCAAGUCACAGCCAAAAGAAGAAAAAAGGGAGCGAGGUACUGGCUCCAGGUCUCACUCCAGGUCCAAAGCAGAUGUGAAAGGCAAAGCAAGUUCCAGAUUGAGUAGGGAGACCAGAAGAGAGGACCAUGAACGAUCAAAGUCUCCAUCCCACUCAGAGUCAAGGUCCCGGUCGAAAUCAAGAUCACGGUCUUGGAAUAGCCACAAGUCUAGUGGCCAUUAAUUUGGAUGCUUUAAGCAAUUUUACUAAUUGGAAUGUUUUUCUGUCCUCCCCUCUCCCUUCCCAUCUAAAUGUGGUAUAGAUUUCUGUUGGCUUCUGAUUUUUCCUUUUCACAGCGGUUGAUCAAAGUAGGUUAGAACCAUUAAACACCCAAUUUAUUACAAUCUGCUGUAAUUGUAACAUGAUCUUAAGUUAAUUUAUACUACACGUUAUAUUGUGUUGGUGCCUCAGACAGUAACUAGCAUGUUCAUUUAGCCACAAGGCACUUUCCCAAAAGUUGCGUUGGCCACGAGUAUUUGGUAGUUGGUAUUCCUCCAAUGCCCCUGUUCUCCCAAGUUUUUAUUGCCACCAUCACUACUUGCAGGGAUUUCUUGUGAGUUUGUGUGCUGUAUGUAAUUUGGUUCCGCCUUCUGUUGAAAAGGGAAAAUGUGUAUGAAUGGUGUUGUAAGGUUCCUAUAAGACUAGCUUAAGUAGGCAGGAAUGUGUAGAUUUUAGAAUCCUUCACUGUUCAGUAUUUGCUCUUGUGUGUUUUUUUUUAUUUUUUAUUUUUACUUAGCAGACUUGCUUUUUCCAUAUUAGAGAGAGGCAAAUAGAUCUGCUUUAAAAGCAAAUCAUACCUCUACCUAGUAUAGCAGUUCAAAGCAUUAAGGGGGAUAUGUACCAACCAGUGAAGAGAGUGGAGAAGUUGCCCAUGGCAACCAAUCGAUUGCUCUGGGUAACUUUAUAGUAUACAAAUUAUAAAAGCUACUUCAGUGCUGAUUUGUUGCUAUGGGCAACUUCACUGGCUCACUUCUCCUCUUUUCAUUGCUUAGUACAUCUCCCCCUUAUCUUGCAUCAUUUUGGCUGUAAAAAGAAUGAUGGCUUAGUGAUGUUUAGCAGAUUUUCUAAAAUAUCUCCCUGCUUUCCAAUACUAGUUCCUUCCACGAUUGGCUGCAUUAAUGGCGGGCUAAUGUACUGUAGCAGGUGCAAAGAAAAACUGCUUUUGACUGAGAUACCGCUUUUAGCUGCUUUCAUAUAGCUUCUGCUUGCUGGAGACUGAGUACAAACGGUGAUCAGUGGAGAUCCUGGUUAUAUGUAGGGGCUGGAACACUACGAAUAGAGUGGCUCCUAGGAGAGGGACACCUGCCAGAGUAUUAAAACUGGGAAGGAAUUCAGUGUAAUUUGUUUUUAACAUUGAAUAUUCCUUUUAAGAUCUACAAUGAAACCAUAAGAUAAAUAUUGCAUCUCUUUGGCAAAUGCAAGCACUGCUUAUUUGCUUGCAAGUGUUGCCUUCUAAGGAGGUUCUAUGUAACUGGCAAUUGGACCUAGUGGGGAAUUCACUUUCUUGUGAAUCCCUACGUCAAUGGUCAUGCAGUAUGGCAGCCCGAUCUUUCUCAACUGUUUGCUGCCUCCAUAGGGUUGCGAGCAUGUUUGCGCAAAUCUGGCAUUCGGCCAAGCAAAGCGUGUGAUGAAAUGCCGUUGCAGGCUUUUAAACGCACUGGCAAUUUGCAUCCUUCACUGGGAAUUGAAUUCUUCUGUUGGUGUCCUGUUGAAAGUUUCUCACUUGCUGCUUGUAAUUAAAGGGUUGUAAUAGUCUCUUACCUUACCAUCAAUAUAAAUAAUUGGGGAAAUGCUACAUAUACCAGAACACUGACCAGUUAGACAGCUUCCCAUUAUAUAAAGUGAUUAUACAUGUAUAUGCACAUUUAUUAUUUGCAAUUGCGAUGUUUGUAAAAACACUCAAUAUUUCGCUUUGUGGGUUUAUUUGCUUAUGUUUGUAGCGCCUAUCUUAAAACUUUAAAUGACAUUUUUGUGUUGAAAGCAAGUUCCAAUUUAACAUGUAAAAGCCCUGUGUCUAGUAUCCAACUGCAGACCUUUCAUAUAUUCUGCUUUUUACAGGUUUCUUGGCAGGGUAGUUAAUUAUUGUGUUGUAAAAGUAAAGGUAGCAUUUUCUCAAUACAUUUUUUUUUUUUUUUUUUUUAGUUAACAAUUGUCUGGUAUUUGCUAUGCAAUCAUUCAUAUGCAUGUUAAAAAAUGUUUUCAUCUUUAUGGUACAUUUCAUGUGUAAAGUACAGUUUUAGCAGAUAAGAGGUUGGAUUUAAACAAGAUUUAAACUUGUUUUUCUUUUGUAGAAGCUUAAAGAUAUUUUUAUAUGUUUUCUUUAACCAGUGCUGUAUUUAAAGCAAAUGGUUACUCUUUAAAAUUUAAAAACGAAUGCUUGCUGUACAUCUUGACAAAAAGCUCAAAUAAAAUUGAAAAAUUGA